AUGCAAACUUUCCUGUCCCAGAAGAAGCCAUACUUGCCCAACUCGACGCCCGACCACCAAAACCCAAACGAAUCCAUAAUCACCGGGAGCCCAAUGUCUGAUGCUCUUCGCUCACCGCUCGGUCUCAAAUCGCCGCCACCUGUCACUUCGCCGCAUCUUCGCUACCGCUCCUUCAAGCCGGAUGUGCUUGAGACCUCGGUCAAGGAGUCUGAGGUGUUUGAGGAGUGCGACUUUGACAGCACUUUCCGCUCGCAUCGAGAUGAGGCCGAACGUGUGCGUUCUCUUGAGGAGUUAUCCCCGGUCAAGACCGCCACUUCGACGACGAGCCGCUCGCCGCCAACUUCUGCUGACCCUGAGACAAAUCUCGCGCACUCGAUAUCAUUCUACCGCAAGAACCAAGAGUCGAAUGCCGACGACAAGGUCGAGCGCAUCGUUUUUGCCGGGGCGGCAACUCAAGCGCGACCUCAGCUUCCACUUUUGACGAUCACCGAGGAGCGUACUGAUUUGAUCAAUCGCUUGGAACGCGACCUCAAUGUCGCCGAUGAACACAUCCACCAAGCCCAGCGAGCCCUCGAGUGCUGCCGUGAAAUGCCGAAAUUUGCGGGCAGCCCGGAAGAGGUGGACGCCCAGCGGGCCCUCCUCACCGCCCAGGAGAAGAAAUCGGCGCUGAUGUGCGAGCUGAAUCGUGUCGACAACUCGUCGCACAUUGAUGGGCCUCGCGGCGGCAUCAGCCUGUCCAACAUCUCCUUCCCGCUAUCACGCGAAUUUAUCAACGGCCUGACCGCAUACGGAAAUGACAUCGAUCUCGUCUACCAUUUCAUCGUCAUCAUCAAGUGCGGCGCGACGGUGCUGCACACGAACGUCGUCUCAUCGGAGGACGCCAUGUACUCGAAUGGAAUCGUCGCCUUCCCGAACUGCUUCACCAUCAAGAACCUGCGCCCCGACUUUCUGUGCACCGUGGAGGUGUUCGCUCUGCGCUCGAGAAAAGAGGCCUGCGGUCCCGAAGAGAAAUAUCGCAGCAAGGGCGGCACGUUCAAAGGCUUGCACACCUCCUACAACAAGUCACGAUCUCCCGGGCGCCGCUCUGCCUCAAGAACGGCAAGCCUUCGGACCGUUGAAGCCGGAUUUGAGUCAGUUGGUAGCCUGCAGAUCAACAUCAAAACCGUCGAGCGCAGCAAGUACCGAUUGGAAAACGUGAACCAUCCGGUUCAAGGCGACCUGACGAUGCGUGUCAAGAAAUACGCCAUUGACAAAUGUGACGUGGUUCACCGUGGCUUCCUCUCGCUCCACCAAACGUCGCAAGGGCUUGCCGCGUGGUCGAGGUAUUGGUGCGUGCUCGAAGGCGGCGAGAUGAAGUUCUGGCGCAACCCGGAGGAGGAGAACUCAAAGAAUUGCCGCUGUGUGAUCGACCUGUCGACGUGCAGCGGCGAGGGCGCGGUCCCGGAACCGCACGGCACCUACCCGUCAUCGUUCCACAUCAAUGUCUGGGUGCCCAAGGAGGGAACGAGCCGCGAGAUGGAGAUACUGCGCGUGCUGAUGGCCGCCGACCACAAGGAGAUGAUGACCACCUGGAUCACGCUGCUCAACCGUGCCAUCAAGGACCUGCUGAUCCAAUCGUCGGUGGGAGAAAUUGAGAUGCGACCGGUGACC